AACCUAACAGCAAAAGAAAUAAGUCAAAUCGACUGGCAAACAACAACGUUAAACACUUAAGUCAACUAAAGAGCUACAAGGUAGCACUCAGGCGCUAAAUAUACUCCGCCCAUUAUCCGAGUAAAGACGGCCCAGAUCCGAAAUAGACAAGGAUAAAAACGGGAUUAUAUCACGGGCCUCUUCUUCUAAUUAAAAAUUAGGGACACUAAAUAUCUUUAGUGCCUGCGAGCUGUUGAAACAAACUGGAAAUUUGUCACCAUUUCGAUGUUGCAGUGCAAGUGCGUUUAGUGUUGCGAGAUGAGUUAUUUCCAAGGAUUUUAUCAGCAGUAUGCUCACAAAGCUGGCAAUCACCUCAGAAAGGAAAACACUCAGAAGUGUUCAAUGGACCUCAACAUAUCGAACAAUGUACGACUCACAGGGGAUGUUGUUCGGUCCCAGUGUAGUGAAAGUGAAAAUUUUGCUAAAAGGGAAGUGAAUAGCGACGAAGAACACAGAAUGCAGGGCACACUAGGAGACACUGGCUACGUAAGUGCGGAAAGUUCCAUAGACAGCGACGACGAGAAAGAGUUGAACCACGUUUUGGAGCCACAGCAUGCAGGUUGUCUGCUCAAAGGUCCCCGCAAAUGCUUAGCGUGGGCUUGCAAGGCUUGCAAGAAAAAAUCGGUGACUAUCGAUAGACGGAAAGCGGCAACCUUACGAGAAAGGCGCCGAUUACGUAAGGUGAAUGAGGCCUUCGAACUGCUGAAGCGAAGAACCUGCAACAACCCAGGGCAACGCUUGCCCAAAGUGGAGAUUCUCCGCAGCGCUAUAGAAUACAUCGAAUAUCUAGAAGAAAUUCUUCAGGAUGCGAAAAACGUCACACAGCGGCAUAGUGGCCCGAUUUCCUCCAAGACCGAAUACAUGAAUACCUCUACAACUCGGUAUCUAUGUGACAGGCUGCAGCAAUUAAGUGAACCAAAAUAUUCCCCACCUGCAGGAUCUGAAUCAUCGUCAGGCAUCACAGCUUCAAGCCUAGACUGCCUCAAUCUGAUCGUUCAGAAUAUAGCGACAAAGCGUGUUGUUUCGACUCACGAAUUGAACCGAACCUGAAUUAUUGCCUAAAUACCAUAACAUUUUAAGUAUCUCAAAUAAAUUAUUAUCCUACUUUCUUCUUAUAGGGGGUGGUCCUAAGUAAGUGUCGCAACGAAAAGCUAUGCAUUCCGCCUGAAAAAAAAAUUGCACUUUUUUCUCUUCUGUUUUUUUCUCCGUGUUUUUUCUUUUCGAAAGACGUGGCGUCAAAAGUCAAUUUUUUUUUGUUGUUUGCACGACAAUCGCAACUGUUAAUAACUACUUUUCGCACCCUUUUCAAAUCGAUUGAAGGUAUUUUUAGAGAUUUUUCACUGCAACGGUUAACUUUAGAGCAAUAAACGAAGGAAAAAACUAA